ACCGUUUCGAGCAGUCGCACGUUGAGCGCUUGCGAUCGCUUCCUUCCUUCCCGUAUCUUUCCUUGGCACUACCGCUCAGGUCCGCAUAGCGUUGUCAGGCUUCGGGUGUUGUUGCUUUCUUGGGUAAUUGUAAUAUGAUGACGGACGGUCUCAACCAGGCGCGGGCCAUGCGGGUGGCCGAGAUAAUGGCCGACUAUCGGAACAUCCAGAACUUUAUCGCAGCAAUCCGAGCCAGCCCGUCAGCGGAGGAAUAUAGCGAAGAAGGCUAUGUGAUUUUGCGGAGAUGCGUCGCAGCCGCACAAGCACUACUUCAACAACCCUUCCAGCCACUCAACGGCGGCCAUCGGGAUGCAGAGCAGGACAAGCAACAUCUGCGAAGGAUAAUCAUGGACGCGGCGGUCCGAAGGUUCCGGGCGCAGAAGCUGUAUUUGCAGGCUACAGCGGCUUUGAGGUGGAUUAACUCACGAGCGGCAAUCUUGCAAGGCCAAAGAGCGCAUGCAGGACAUGGGCCAGCCUUACAGCAGAUACGUAGCACUUUGCGAGCUGAGCUUGCAUCAAUCACAGAUCAACGGGUCGAGCUAUCUCUACGCUCAGCCGAUACCUCGGCGGGCAAGUGGCUCGCGGAAGACCCAUCCCUUCAACAGAUUGUCCGCUUGGCCGGAAACGGCAACGGCAACGGUCACGGGAGAUGACAAUCACCCUACCACGCGUUGAUGAUAAACAUGCUCUUCGGCAUGGCACGGACGGAUGGCUAACCACUUUCACUGAAACGGAGAUCAGACUUGCCUGGCGCGAGCGAUAUCAAACGGCCCAGCACGAGGCCAGCACUCGUUUGAAGUUGAUUAAGCGCUUGCAAUAGCGCAUACUAUAUUGAGCUCAAGUCCUGGCGACGAGCAUCUCGCUAUCUGGGGGGACAUCGUGUUUGUCAUAACAACUACAAUAUUCGUAAUGCAGCAUCGU